CACAAACCUGUUCCUUAGAAAGGUCUUAGAGACAUUCAGAAGCUGGGCAACUCUCGAGGCAUGCUUCACCCUGUGGAACUGCUGUGACUCGUGCCCUACUUUAUAUCAUAAUGAGCCGAUAUAGGAGAACGGCACCAAAGCAGCACAGGCAUUGUGAGAUCUGUUUUAGCCGUCGUUGCAAAGCCCCAGUCGAGAUCUCUGUGUCAUGCACGGUGAUCAAUUGCCGCUUACUCUGUGGUGCCUCCUUCCACAUGUGUAAAGAAGAUGAACACUCGCUGCUGUGUCCCAAUGAGAAGGUGCCUUGCCUCAACGCAAACUAUGGCUGUCCCUUUAAAAUGUGUCGCUCUAAGUUGGCCAAACACUUGGAGGUGUGUCCUGCAAGCAUCGUCUGCUGUUCGAUGGAGUGGAACCGUUGGCCAGUUGAGAAUCCUCAUGCCCCUUUGUAUGUUAACCUCAUGAAAGAGAUCCAUGAGCAGAAAUCACUGGACCUUUCCAUGGCGCUGAGAGACCAAAAACAUCUGUGUGGUAGGUUGAAAAUGAGAAACUGUUUUCCUGAGCUGAUGGAGGAACGAGAAGAGGAACCUAAUCCACCAGAAGAGGAGGAGGAAGCAGCUGGUGAAGAUGCUCUGUGUAAUGGAGUGCACGUCAAUGGUUAUGAAGAUCCCGUCUCAAUAAAAGGUUGUGAGAUAACACCAAACACAGAUUUGGCCUGUAAUAAUGCAAUUGACAAGGAGAAAUUCAAUCUGUAUGAAAAAAUGUUCAGCAUGGAAAGGGGAGGUUGCAAGCAGGCUGAGGCAGAGGCAUCCAAGACAGAGGAUAAAAAGGCAAAGAAGCAAGAAACAUCUAAACAACCCGAAAAACAACAGGAAGAAAACACAUUUCAUGACACCUCUAAAACUGGACUGGCGCCUUGGCAAGAUGGCGUUCUUGAAAGACUUGGGCAAGAAGUCAAACCCAGAGAGUUCAACAUGUACAUAGUGCACCAUGGUCGCAUGUUGAUCUCCUUUGGUCAAAUGGAUGCUUGCACGCCCAAAGAGAGAGAUUUUGUUUAUGGGAACCUGGAGCCAAUACCAGUCCAGUCUCUACACUCUUUUAAAGUUCCUACUAGUUACAAAGAAAAACGCAUUCAAUUUAAAGACCCCUCCACAAGGGUAAAGACUGAGAACAAGAGCGUGGGUACGUCUGAUAAGGGGGACACCCAGGAAGAUAUGGAUGAGAUGUUUGCAACCUUACUUUGCUCGGCAGAGGCUGAGGUACGAGGCCACAAAAUAAGUAAAACCGUGCCAACAGAUGGACUUUAUGUUGACAUCGGAACGCAGACGUAUAACUUCGCCACAGCUCCCUUUAAAUACAACGCAUCUCUCGCUGAAGUUACAGCAGACAGGGAUUUAAAACUUCACGUUCAGCUUGAUACAGAAACCGUUACGCUCAGGCAUAACAAAUCAACAUCAGCAUUCACAUUUGUCUGUGGCCAUUUUUUCCGGCGGGAUGAGUUCGCCUUUCACUUCAAGAAUGCCCAUUCGGAUAUUCAAUCCUGCUUGAGUGGCUGGUUCGAGCAGAGAUGCCCAUUGGCCUACCUUGGUUGCACGUUUAGUCAAAGAAGACUCCAACCUGCCAAACAAAGAGCCAAAAUUCACUACAUUCAAGACCUGAGCAUUUUCACCCUUGAACCUGAAGUCCCUGCCUGUCUAGUGAAUGGUUCAGAGAAAGCUGUUGCACAUAAGACUCGUGUGAAAUAUGAAGAUUGUCUCAGCAAGCUUCCCUUUGAGGUGCUUUGCCACAUUGCUGGUUACCUGGAUAGUUUCACCUUGUCUCAGCUGGCCUUGGUCUCACGAUUGUUCAGGGAUAUUUGUGGCACAUAUCUUCAGGACAGGGGAAUGGUGACCUUCAAAUGGCGCAAAAAGUCGUACUCUCAUGGAGGAGCCCGGUGGAAACCAACUAUAGUCUGGGAGUUCAGUACUCUCUUUAGUAAAGUGGAUAACUGGUGCAUUGGUGACGCACCAUCAAUGGCUGAACAUCUGAAACAUUGUCCAUUCUACCAAACUGAAGUGAAAACCAAACCAUUUGCCCUGGCCAGUAUGUGUGACAGCAAAGAGGAGGAAAGACAGAGUUUGGUCAAUUUAUUUAUGGGACUCAAAUGAUAAUGGGACUCUUAAUUCAAUGUCUUCUUUACUUUAUGGUUUUGGUGUGAAAACACAGUGGUACAAUGUUAAAUACACAGGUUACUUCAGUAUCUGUAAAACUUUAAUUGAAUGCUAAUGCUAACUUUAUUAUUCACUAUAGUGUUUAAAUGAAACGGCACUGAUAACGCUGCAUGUCAACAUUAGACUGCAAAUUCAAAUAUAUAGCCAUGUCAUAUUUAAACGUAAUGAUCUGUUUCAUUUGUACUUGAAUUUGGAAACUAAAACCAGAGUAACACACUUUAUGUGCAUUUUAUAGUUACACAUAAUUUGCAUGAUUAGCAAACAACAAUGUAAAUAGAUCAAAGAUAAAAAAAAAUUGAAACGAUCAAAAUAAUAUCUGUCCAAUAAAUAUCUGCCAUAUAAUGUGAUCCUCUUAUCAAUCGCCUCUUUUCAAAUUGUUUGUUUAUAGGAAAACUGCAUACAUAUAAGUUUAGUUGUAUUUAUAACAGUUACAACAAAACACACACGAGACUCUUUAGUUUUUUUUGUUUGUUUUUUUUUUUGUUUUAUUGCACGAGAGUCUUUAGUGGCAGAGGUUGCAGUACACGUAUGACGUCACGCCCACGGACCGUUGGCUCCAUAGAUAUGUAUAUAAAGGCUAGAUGGCUCGUCCGCGCUGCUGGCCAACUGAGUGCAACGUCCGCAUUUUGGCGGCCAUCUUAGGACAGGGCGCUCGCUCACUCGUAGCAUUGAGUUUUAAUGAUGCAGGUACUUUUAAAUGACCAUAACUUGCUUAAUUUUUUACCGAUUUUCAAACGGUUUGGUUUGUUAUAAACGUCAAAGAUGUACCUGCAUACCUAUACUAAAAAUAAAAAAUAAAUUAAUGAAACAUGUUAAAGCAUCCAGAAUUAUAGCCACGUUAAUAACGUUUGUAAAAACCCAAACCGUUUGAAAAUCGGUAG